UCCGCAGCCGCUCCAGGCCCUUCCACUCGGGAACCACUCGUCGGGUCCUCCCCCUCAGCCCCGGAACGCGCGCCCCAGGGCCCGGCAGGGUCUGCGUGGCGCCCCAAAGCGGGGAGGGGAUUGGGACCAGGCUUGGCCACGUCCCUGCGGGGCGGGAAGCGGUGUGUGCCGAACGUAAGGAGGGAUAAAUGCAUGUAUCCAACGCCAGGGAACCGUUCCAUACGGGAGCCAGACGGACGAGAAGGUCCCAGCCCUUAGGAGGCAGGUUAUGUCCCAACGGAGCAAAGUGCGGUAGGGAAGCAGCCGGAUUGCUGAGAAACACUGUAGCAGGGAGGCGGGACCCAGUUAAGACGUUAGAGGAAGUAAUGUUCAGACUUAGACCAGCUUUAGGCAGAAAGGUAACGCGGAGGAAAAGCAUUUCUGGGAGAGUGAGAUGCUUUUGUAAAGUCCCUGGGAACGAAAAGGAUCAUUCUGUAUUCUGGAACCAGAAAGAAGACAGUAUGUCUGACACCCAGAGAGAAAUGAGAGGUGGAGAGGUAGGCAUGGACCAGACUAGAUCAUGAAGGGCGUGGUAGGUCUGUAAGGAUUUGGGACUUUAUCUUAAGAGAAGCCAUAACAAGUUUUUAGUGGGAAGUGACUAUAUAUUUAAAAGGUUGUGCAGUGUUCAAGAAACCAGAAGGAGAAGCUUACAAGGUAUUUACAAAAAAAGAAAGAAAGAAACCAAUGGAAGUUUCCCUCUAGGAAGAACAUGGAAGGAGAGUCAAGCAGAUUGGAAGUCCACACGCCAGUUCUCAUCAAGAAAAAGACAAAGCAUUCUGUACAUAAGGAGAGACAUCGGAGGCACUCCCAUGAAGGUUUCAGAGACUCUGCCCUGACAGCUGAACAGUCUGAUGUAAUUAAGAGAAAAAAAAAGAGGAAGGAUGGCCAGCAUCUCAUGUCUUCUCCUUUGAAAAAAUCAGAAAUCUGUGAUGAGGCCGAAAAGGCCACUUCUAUACCCAAAAAGAAGAAAAAGAGAAGAAAAGGUGCUUUGGGAGUCGACCAGGAAACAGGUGUUGUGUACGUCCUGGUGGAUAAAGAAAAUAUUGAGAACACACCAAAGAAUUUUAGAAAGCAUGUCGAUGUUGUUUACGUUGACGUAAGCGAGGAGCAGAAGUUGACAGCAGGGCCCGAGGCAGGGGAACCGCAUUCAGUCACCAAGUUGCGUGAAAAUGAGUCAGAAGAACUGCAUGAUAAAGUUCGGAAGAAAAAGCGUAAAAAACAUGAGAGGAAAGUUGCAUCCUCUGAUGCUGUACAGGAAGGUCCGGGUGCAAGCAUUGCUGUGCCCAGAUCAGAAUCUCAAGAGCAGGAACCCUGGCCUCUUGAGGGCCAAGAAGGUGAAAUUGCACAACUGCCAGUGUCUGGGGAGCAAAGAAAGUCUAAAAAAAGAAAGAGGAAAUGUCCAAGUCACCAGGAAUUUGAGGCCUUGUCUGCGCCUGAGAGCGCUGACAACGUGUGCUUAGAGGGACCACAAGUGGUCGGUGAGGUCGGGACUGCAGGAGGCAGUCGGGAAUCCAGCGGCCUCAAGAAAAAGUCUAAGAAGAGGAAGCGAAGGUCUUCUGUUGAAAGUGCCUUGGCGCCUGGCAGUGAGUUUUCAGUGCUCAGAACAAGCUCUGAGGACCCGCUCUUUGAUCCACUGGAAGGUAAUGGUACUUUGAUUGAAGAAAGUGCGAAACCCAGGUCACAAGAGGAGAAACCCCAGGCUUGUUCGGAAGAGGUGCAGAGGUUAGAACCUCCAAACGGAGAAGAAAGCAAUUUGGAGCCAGCUAAAGAUUCUGAAACCAGAUAUUUAUCUGAAGAUUCGAGACAGUCAGAUGAUUCCGACGUGGAUUUGGAUUCGGCGGUGAGGCAGCUGCAGGAGUUCAUCCCUGACAUCAAGGAGAGGGCCGCCGCCACAGUGAAGCGGAUGUAUCGGGAUGACUUGGGGCGCUUUAAAGAAUUUAAAGCCCAGGGUGUCGCCAUUAAAUUUGGCAAGUUUUCCGUGAAGGAAAACAAGCAGUUAGAGAAGAACGUGCAAGAAUUUCUGUCCCUGACAGGAAUCGAGAACGCAGACAAACUGCUGUACACAGACAGAUACCCAGAGGAGAAAUCUGUGAUCACCGACUUAAAAAGAAAAUACGCGUUUAGAUUGCACAUUGGUAAGGGCAUUGCCCGGCCCUGGAAACUCGUAUACUAUCGAGCAAAGAAGAUGUUCGAUGUCUACAAUUACAAAGGCAGGUAUAGCAAAGGAGAAACUGAGAAGCUAAAGAUAUACCAGUCCCUCCAUGGAAACGACUGGAAAAAGAUUGGUGAGAUGGUGUCUCGAAGUAGCCUCUCCGUGGCCCUGAAGUUCUCCCAGAUCAGCAGUCAAAGAAAUCAUGGUGCUUGGAGCAAGACGGAAACCCAGAAAUUAAUCAAGGCUGUGGAAGAAGUGAUUCUAAAGAAAAUGUCUCCCCGAGAUCUAAACGAGGUGGAUUCUAAACUCCAAGAGCACCCUGAAGGCCGCCUGUCAAUUGUUCGGGAAAAACUCUACAAGGGCAUAUCCUGGGUAGAAGUGGAGGCUAAAGUGGAAACCAGGAAUUGGAUGCAGUGUAAAAGUAAGUGGACGGAAAUUCUAACCAAGAGGAUGACGAAUGGUCGGGACGUGUACAGGGGAGUAAAUGCCCUGCAGGCGAAGAUCAACCUCAUUGAAAGGUUGUAUGCAAUAAAUGUGGAAGAUGUUAAUGAAAUAGACUGGGAAGAUCUUGCUGGCACCAUAGGGGAUGUUCCUCCAUCUUAUGUCCAAACUAAAUUUUAUAAGCUGAAAGCUACCUGUGUUCCGUUUUGGCAGAAGAAGACUUUUCCAGAGAUUAUAGACUACCUUUAUGAGACGAGUCUACCAUUGCUUAAAGAAAAGUUGGAGAAGAAGAUGGAGAAAAAAGGGACUGAGAUCCAGGCUCCGGCAGUCCCCAAGCCAGUCUUCCUGUUUCGAGACAUUUUUUAUUGUGAUGAUGACAGUGAGGGAGAAGACGGAGAGGAGAAAAGCUAAGCAGCUGACACUCUCUCUCGCCCAUUUUUCUAGGUCUGCUUGUAUUUAUAGUGUCAAUAAAGCUAUUUUCACUACUGAUUUUACUAAAGAAUGUGCAGCAGCCAAAGGAAGGGUAUGAAAAUGAUGACUUAUGUUGUGGAGCAUUAAAAAUUGAUUCACAUGUCGUAUUCAAGUUUGUCUGAAUGUGAAAAGAAAGAUGAAUGCGUGAGUUGAUUUAAUAUUUCUGUGCCAUUAUAUUGAAAAUAAUUAUAACUAAUGGUUUUCAGAAAACAGCAGGAUCUCAAGUCCCCCUGAUGGCAGCAGAGGGUGGUCACGUCUGAUGAACAUCUUUUUUUUUUUUUCUUUUUUGUUUUUUUGGCUGCACCACGCAGCUUAUGAGAUCUUAGUUCCUCGAUCAGGGAUUGAACCCAGGCCAUCAGCAGUGAAAGUGCAGAGUCCUAACCACUGGACCGCCAGGGAAUUCCCCCAUGGACAGUUCUCUGAUGUGGAUUCAACUAUAUGCACACUGAGCAAAAAAGAAAACAUUAACAAUUUCAGUAAUGCGUGCCAUUUUGCUUUCUGUUUUUCAGUUGUUUAGACGUAUGUUCUAGUGUGUGUGAGUAUUAGGUAAGUGGUACAAGGAAAUUUGUGUUCCUGCAAACUGGUUUCAGUUCCCAUGUGCCUGUCAUGGUGGGAGAAUCUCAUCUUCUGAGUGUGAUUCCAGUGUUUAAAGAUAGGUAUUUUUCAGCGUUCGCUUCGGCAGCACAUAUACUAAAAUUGGAACGAUAAAGAUAGGUAUUUUUCAUACAAGAUAUCCUCUCAAAGCCAGUCACAGAAUUCAUCUGGUGUUUAACUGGAAAAAACAAACAAACCAGCAGUCUCUUCCAUUGCUUCUGGAAAAACUGCCUCUAUCAGACUUAUUGAAAGAUGCUAUGUGGGUCUCAGCAUGAUGGAAUUUGAAAGGCAGUUUUAAGGUUGGGCUGGUCCCUCAAUCACAAAAGCAAAACCACUCCAGAUAUUUCAGAGGAUUUAAGAUAGGAAUUGAGGUUAGGAAAUUGUUAACAGGAUGAAGGAGCAGGUGGGGGGGAGGUUGAACUACGCAGUGACGGGGAGCUGAGGGGAAGCGGCUGCAGCCCUGUCUGGCCUGAGUUACCCCCACCACCACCACCACCGCCCCGCCCCAUGCUAACUCUGCAAAGUCUGGGUUGUCUGCCACGGCUUCGCUUGCAAAGGCCUGUGCACCGGAGUCUGCUUGGAACACAGCAGCUUCCGUCUCCCUCCUACCUUCUAGCCUCCCACGAGUGCCUCCCACGGGCAGCCCCUUAGCAGAACCCUGCUGGCAAGAGAAAUAAAGUUCCCAGACUUCUAGCCUCAUCCAUACAGGGGGGAACAUAGAAGGUCUAGGGGAGCAAGAUCCCGUAUAGUGAUGUCACCCUCUGUGUCAAGAGGCAACACCCCUGUCUCCUGAGCGUAGCAUCAUGAUGUGUGAUGUUGGUUAAUUCAUCCACAAAGCUAGACAUUUUUCCGAACUUGCCAUCACUGGAGAAGGAAGAAUACAGAAAAACGAGUUUAGGAGUCCUCGGUCACCAGUAUAUCCCCAGCACCUAUCACGGUGUUGUGCAAAUAAUAGACGCUCAAUAAAUAUUCAGGGAACAAAUGAAUAUUUUCUUUUUAACAAGCAUUUUGCAUUUAGUCACCUCCUUCUGUCUUCCUCCGGGUUAAUGGAAUAUAAAUUACAUAUUCUUUUUGGAGGACAAUCUGGUAAAGUACAUCAGAGCCUUAAAAAUGUACAUAUUCUGUGAUCCAGCAGUUUCACUUCUAGGACCUAAAGACAUAAUAGAACUCGUGUAAAAGAAUGGCACGUUUAUAAUAUGAAAACUAGAAAAAAUAUGGAUGUUCCUUAAUAGGAGACUUGCUAUGUUAUGGCGUAUUCCUAGAUGGAAUAUUAAGCAGCAAUUUGAUGAUGAUAGAUUUGGUUAACAGGAAAGGUAAACAACAUCGUCAACUAAAAUACAAACUGUAUUUCAUUCAGAAGAGGACAUAUUUUCUUAAUUUUUUAACAGUAAAAAAAAAAAAAAGGGACUUCCCUGGUGGUCUAGUGGUUAAGACUCUGCACUUCCAAAGAAGGGGGCACGGGUUCAAUCCCUGCUCUGGGAAUUAAGAUCCCACAUUUUGCGUAGUGUGGCCAAAAGAAAAAAAAAUGUGUAAAUGGAGAUGCAUUAAAAUGUAAGGGGGGAAUUAAACCCAGGGUGUUGACAAUGGUUAUCUCUGGGCCGUGGGAUUGUGAGUUUACAGGUUAGAACUCUUGAUUUGCAAGAGCCGGAAGGUCAGCCUCAGACCAGAGGGAUCUGGGGGCUCUCAGGCCUGAAAGUCCAGAGGGGGAGGACAGAUCCAGCUCCUCUGAAGCCCCAGGAUAGGUUUUCUUGCUUAUUCUCAGCUCUGCCUUCUCCAGGGUCCACUUCAUUGUCAGUCCACAGAAGGGGGCCGCUUGGCCCCGAGGGAUGCCUUCGUAGAGCCCCAUGUUACAGCAUCCUCAUUAUUUAAACAGAGGAUGCUAUUCAGAGAAGAAGAUGAGCUCUUGCUUAAGUCCUGGGUGUUGCACCCAGUGCCCAAAUUAGAGCUUGUGCCCAACUCUGAGCCCUCACUGUAGCCAGGAAAAUAGGAUGGGCUUCAACCCAUCUGGGCUCAGCUCUGGAGCUGGGAUUUCGCUCAGCCUGUCUUAACGUGGCUGAAAGGGUAAAUACACCUGUGGAAAACCAGGUUCCCAUUAGCAGAAGAGGUGAAUGGACCCUG